AUGGCCAAAGAUAAGAAGCAGAGUGUGGUUCUCGUUUCCGUAGAGGGUGAAAGAUUCACCGUGGAACGGAAAAUUGCGGAGAGGUCACUACUUUUGAAGAACUACUUGAAUGAUAUGCAAGAUAAUGGCCUGCAAAGCGACGGCAGCGACUCCGAGGAGGAUGAAUAUGAAGCAGAUGAAGAAGAUGAGAUAGUGAUGCCAGUGCCAAAUGUGAGAUCGUCGGUUUUGCAGAAAGUGAUCGAAUGGGCCGAGCAUCACAAGGACUCAAAUUUCCCUGACGAAAAUGACGACGAUGCACGCAAAACCGCACCUGCAGAUCCCUGGGACAGAGAAUUCCUUAAAGUCGACCAGGAAAUGCUUUAUGAAAUAAUGCAGGCUGCUAACUACCUCAACAUAAAGCCUCUGCUGGAUGCCGGUUGCAAAGUCGUUGCUGAAAUGAUUCGCGGCAGAACUCCUGAGGAAAUUAGACGCACCUUCAACAUCGUCAACGAUUUUACGCCUGAGGAGGAGGCUGCCAUUAGACGUGAAAACGAGUGGGCAGAAGAUCGCUGA